AUGGGAUGUCUAUUCUCAUAUUUCGUUCGUUCCACGGGCAGUGCCGACAUUAUUGAAACUCCACGUCAAGUAUUCUCAUGGGAAAAAGAAGAUCGUAAAGCAAUAAGAAAAGAAGAUUUUAUUCUUGACAAAAUUAAAGAUGAAACAAUAUAUCGAUUGCCAGGUUCUAUUAAUGGACAGCAAUUUAUUGUGCAAAAUUGUGACAAUUGUACUGUCUAUGUAUUUGAUCAUGCAGGUCAAAUACAAAUCGAUGAUUGUACGAAUUGCCGAAUUUUUAUAGGUCCUGUUCGUGGAAGUAUUUUUAUUCGAGAUUCAACAAAUUGUAUAUUAGCUACAGUGUGUCAACAAUUUCGUACGCGAGAUUGUCGCGAUUUAUAUGUUUACCUAACAUGUGCUAGUCAGCCAAUUAUUGAAUCAUCACAUAAUAUUAAAUUUGGAUGUUUAACUUUUAAUUAUGAUAAAUUAUCCGAACAAUAUAAAUCAGCUGAUAUCAGUCCAUGGAAUAAUACUUGGGGCAAUAUUCAUGAUUUUACAUCAAUUCCAGAUUCAUCAAAUUUUUCUUUACUUAACGCAAAUGAACAUGUAUUUAAACAUCUACCAAUUCCAACAGAUCCAUCAUGUAGUCAUUUGAAUGUCAAUGAUAGUAUGGAAACAAGUGUAACACCUUAUACCUACGGUGAAUUAUAUCGUCAUCGAAAUGAAGAACGUUGUUUAGUAGUAUUGUUUCAUCAUAUAAAUGCUGAAGUUUGUGCUCGGGAAUUAAUUGCAAUAGCAAAACAAGCUGAUAUUGUACUUGUACAAACAAAAUCUUAUUCAAUAAGUGAAAUGAGUGCAUCAAGAUUAUUUUCUGGCAAUGCAAAAUAUAAUUCAUUGGUGACGAAAGGUCCUGUUAUAGGACUAGAAUUUGCUGGUGCAACUUGUGUGGAACCAUGUCAACAAUUACUUAAUAGAUUAAUUCAAUCAAAAUAUCAAAAUUUAUCUUAUUUUAUUAGUGAAUCAGCAACAGAUGCUCGGGAACAACUUGAUAAAUUUUACAAUUUUGCGAGCAUGCAAAUGUUUACAUAG